UUGACAACUCUUUAAAAAUCCUAUUUUUUUCUACACCUCGUUGUUUGCCUAAUUUAUUUGAUCCCUACAAACAUUUUUUGCAAAAAUGACCGAAAACACCGAAAUUAAUGGAACCGAUGAUGUUCAAGACAAAAAACAAAAGAAAGCAACCCGUCACGACGGUGGUGCAGCUGAUCUGGAGCGUGUAACAGACUAUGCCGAAGAAAAAGAAAUCUCAGCUGCAGAUAUCUCCAGCGCUGUUGAACAAUUCGGUGAUAAACGCAUCAAAGAAGAUGAAGAAAAAUUAGCAAAAGAACGAGAACUGCAAAAGGUUCAAGUGAAAAAGGAGGACAUCGAACUUAUUAUGAAUGAAAUGUUAAUAUCGAAACAACAAGCAGAAAAAGUUUUGAGGGAACAGAGAGGCGAUGUUGUGGCAGCGUUAGAAAUUUUAAUAGCUAACUAACAAUCACCAAAAAACUAUUCACUUACCUUCUAAGUUUUAUAAACAUUCUUGUUAAAAUAUUUUACAUUUUACAAGUAAAAGAAAUACUUUAUAAACAAAUAA